AUGGACUUCGAAGCCAAGAAAGACGAUGCUCAGCAUAUUGAGCUAUCUUCAGCCUCGGGCCAACCAAACGAGGACCUGCCUAUGAAUUGGUCAUGGCUUCGCAAACACAUCAUCUUAAUGCAAUGUGGAUUGCACGCCCUCGGUCCGGGCUUUACCUGUGCCAUCCUGAUCCCAAGUACAGGCCAAAUCGCCACCCAGUUCGGGGUCACUCCUCAAACGGCGACCUACCUAGUGGCAGUCCAAGUCCUCUUCUUAGGCUUGGGCCCGUUCCUGUGGAUCCCGCUGAUGAACUCGUACGGGCGCCGACCAGCGCUGAUUGGGAGUAUGCUAUUGUCUAGCAUUGCCGCAUUAGGAGGCGGCUUCGCAAAGACAUACGGCACUCUUAUGACAGCACGCGUAUUUCAAAUCAUCGGCAUCUCAUCCGGGUUGGUUGUCCCCGGCGUCAUCGUCGUAGACCUGUUCCGGCCCGAAGAGCGAGGUAGCAAGAAUGGCAUCUGGACGCAAAUGGUGGCAAUUGGUCCCCCGCUGGGUGGACUUAUCGGAGGGCCUGUGGCCGAAUACGUAGGUUGGCAAUGGGCUAUGUGGAUCGUCGCUAUUGCCAACUUCGUCGAGGCCCUAGCCUAUGUCCUUUCCUGUCCAGAGACAUCAUACGAGCACCGACGAUACAAUGGGAUGGGUGCGUAUCAUCCUGCAGAGUACCUCAUCACACCCAAACCUCUUCCUGAGCAACUCAAGCUCCGAUCCUUCAUCGAACCGGUCCUCUUCCUCCAAUCCCCGCAUGUGACACUCAUCGCCUUCGCUUAUGGCGUCACCUUCGCAAUCACCUCCCCUGGCCUCUCAGCUAUUGUCCCGCUCGCUUUGAAAGCAGUUUACAAUUUUGACGCCGUCCAGCAAGGCCUCUUCUUCAUCGGCCCGCUACUCGGCGUCGUGUUCGGUGAGCUUCUCGCUGGCACUGGCAGCGACUGGGCCAUGAACCGCGAGCGUCGAUUAGCUGUCAGCACCAACCGGCCCGCACGGCUGGAAUCCCGCCUCUGGGUCGGGAUUCCGGGGCAUGUGCUGUCUGUGGUUGGCAUUCUAAUUUUCGGGAUCACGUUGCAGAAUCGCACGCACUGGAUCGGACCUUGUCUUGGGUAUGCUAUCUCGAACUUUGGGUUGCAAUUGGUCACCACUCCGCUUAAGACAUAUUGCGUUGAUUGCUACACCGCGCACUCAGGGUCGGUGUUACAGUUCAUGAAUGUCGUGCGUCAGGUUAUCUCGUUUACUGUGCCGUUUUGGAGUCCAAAUCUCAAUGAAAACCUAGGGUACGAUCUGGGGUUUGGGAUUGAGGCGAUUAUUCUUGUCAUCUUCUAUCUGGCUAGCUUGUUGAUCUUCUGGAAGGGUGCUGUCUGGAGACAAUCGGUGGAGAUGGGGAUGCUGGUGAGUGGUGACGGAGUAAUCCAAGAUUCCUAG